AUGGCGACAGCACCUCAGGACAGCACCGCUAGUUUAGGAUAUUCAGUCAGUCUGUGGAAGACGCGCUACAUGAUGGCGCUGCUGUGCCUGCUGGGUCUGAGCAUCAGCCUGGCGAUGCGUGUCAACCUGUCGGUGGCCAUCGUGGACAUGGUCAACGAGACGGCCGUGCGCGAACGGGACUCCAACGGCAGCGCCCUCGUCUUCUUCGACCCUGACGCCAGUCCGGGGGAGCUGGCGGUCAGGGGUCCGGGUGGUCGCAAAGACGGUGAUUUCGCGUGGGACAAGCAGAAGCAGGGCGAAAUCCUGGCCGCCUAUUACUAUGGCUAUGUAAUCGGACACUUCCCGGGCGGCAUGCUAGCAGAUUACUUUGGAGGGAAGAUAGUGUUCGCAGUGGCAUCUUUGUUUCGUCUCUGCUCUCUAUUCUUACUCCGGCUUCAGCGUGGGCUGGUGAUUACGUCGUGUUCGCCAACAGAGUCGCACAGGGGGCUGUACGGUGGUAUGGUGAUCUCGAUGGCGGCAACGGGCGCUCUAUGCGCGACGUCGGUACGCUGGCCACUGACCUUCUACGUGUUUGGCGGCAUCGGGCUGCUAUGGUGCCUGCCAUGGUGGCUGCUAGCUGCCGACUCGCCGGCGCAACACAGGAACAUCGACCCGGCUGAGCGUCGAUACAUCGAGGCCACUAUACAAUCGAGUUCCAAGAAUGGUAUCCUGUCUUCUGUUCCUCAAAUCAUCGGCGCAGUUGGCAAUUUGCUGUUUGGAAGGUUGGUUGACUUCAUUUACCGGAAGGGAUACGUGUCAAAAAUUAGUGGCUUCCGUAUCAUAAACGGAAUAGGUCUGCUGGGUCCCGCGGUGGCGCUGGUGGUGGUGGCGCUGGUGGCCUGCGACGUGGCGGCCAUCGUGGCGAUGCUGGGGUUCGGCGGUUUCUGCAUGGCCGCGCACUGCUCCGCCUUCUAUAUGAACAUGCAGGCCAUAGCGCCCAACUUCGCCGGCACUCUCGUCGGCUUCGUCAACACCUUCGCCAACAUAUCGGGCAUCAUUGUCCCUUAUGUCGUCGGAGCUGUCACCAAUGAAAAUCCGACGCGGGCGUCGUGGAACUUGGUGUUCUACAUGACGGCAGCGGUGGCGGCGGCCGGCUACGUCCUCUACGCCGUCUUCACCACCGCCGAGGAGCAGCCUUGGAACGUCCCACCCACAGAGAACGAAGCCGCAGCGAAGAAUGACAAGGGCGUUGUGAACACAGCGUUUGAUGCGGACGACUCUCUGUUCAACAGUCGAAGAUCUAGACUUUAA